UUACAAAUCCAAUCAAAAAAUUGUGAAAAUAGAUAAUCCGGAACAGAAUGGAUCCCUAUCAAGACUAAAUCUGCCAGGAUUUACCGAAAAACAAUGGAUCGAACAUUUUGCUAAUGUAUUCAUUCAAAACAAAAAAGUUAUGUUAAUCAGCGACCUAGGGGAAAGAAAAAUCGAAGACAUCUAUGAGUCUAUCAAAGAUCUUAACAUCGUCACACUGGAUAUAAUGACCUCUGAAUUUCAAGACUGCAAGCUUUUUAAGCUGUUCCCUACACUAGAAGAAUUGGGAGUUUCCGAGACUCCACUAAGUGCUCCAAUCUUUGUUCAGAAUUUUCAGAGUCUUACUGCAAUUGAUGUGACACUUGACGAUAUAUUAUCCUCAAAUUGUACCAAUUUGUGCUUAGACGACCAACUUAUAUCCGAUAAAGAUCUGAACAUUUUUAUGAGGAAUUGGAUUAAAGGAUCUAACCCUCGUCUUCGAAAACUCACAAACACGUCAGUUCGACACGAACGGGACAUAAGUGAUUCCGUAUUUUUUCGAGGAAUUUCUCAAAUUAAAACCAGGGACUGGUGCGACGAAGAUACUUUUGAUAAGGAAUUCGAAAUAAAGAAUGAAGACGGUGUUAGAGCGAAGGUGACGCUAAAUCUUUGAAGGGAGAACACAAAAUUGAGACCUUGUACCAAACAGCGUGAAGUUGCCCAGCAUAAUAUCUGGUAGUCUUUCGACCUAUUCCAGCCAUCACAGGUUUUGAAAGUCGCCUGCAACUCUUCUCUCUAUCUUCAUCUGCUUAGAGCCAUUUACCUCAUUUUCUAGUCCGACUUCUUUGAUGACACCUGCGGCUUGACUGGCCUCUCAUCCCCCAACUGUCCAAUUUAAGACAUCACUGUCUGCAUCUCUUCUCCCUUUUUUGCCUAGUAGACAGGACCAUCUCUCUCAUUUGUCCCAUUCUUCACUCAACAUGACUGCCAUCGCUCUCCCUAUUCUCCGUCUCCCACACAAUUCACUUCAACUUUCUCUAAAGCAAAUGAGCCUUGUGGAGCACUUGACUCUUUCAUUUAUUUCGAACAAGACAAAACAACUCAUCAAAAUAUCAAUGAAAAACUAUGAUAUUGCUCAGAUCUUCAUGGGCUUACCGAUUUCAAUUGAGUUCGACUCAAGAUCCAUCGAUUAUCCAUCGAUAAUUUUUGAUUUCAAUCCCGAUCAAGAAAUUGUGAGAAUAUAUAAUUCCGAGCAGAAUGGAUCUAUAACAGAAUUAAAUCUACCAGGAAUUACCGAAAAACAAUGGAUCGAGCACAUUUCUUCAGUUUUAAUUCAAAACAGAAAAGUUGUAUUAAUCAGCAGUCUAUCGGAAAGGAAAAUCGAAGACAUCUAUGAUUCUAUUAAAGAACUUGACAUAGUCGCACUGCAUAUGAUCUCCUCUCAAUUUCAAGACUGCAAUCUUCUCAAGCUGUUCCCUACACUAGAGGAACUGACCGUUUCCGAGAAUCCACUGAGUGCUCCAAUCUUUGCUCAGAAUUUUCAGAGUCUCACUGCACCCAAUGUGGCAUUUGACAACAUAUUUUUCUCAAACUGCAUCAAUUUGGUCUUAUACCAUCAAGUUAUAUCUGAUAAGGAUUUAAACAUCUUCAUGAGGAAUUGGAUUAAAGGAUCCAAUCCCCGUCUUCGAAAACUCACAAACGCGUCAAAUGAACACAACAGAGUAAUAGUGGAAUCCGUAUUUUUUCAAGGAAUUGCUUACAUUGAAACCAGGGACUAUUGCGACGAAGAUACGUUUGAUAAGGAAUUCGAAAUAAAGAGCGAAGACGGUGUCAAAGCGAAAGUGAUUCUAAGUACGUACAGAUUUAUGUUUUGCAUUGAGGAUUUUUGAAAGUGUUUUGUUUUUUUUUGGUUUGUUUUGGCAAUAAAGUUUCAAAA